UGUAUGUGCCUGGCUUGUGUGGGCUAGCGUAGGCAUCCCACAUCAUCUGCGAGGCCGCCAGUCCUCGAUCCUCUGCCAUGAAGCUGGACCGCGGACUAUGCCCCAGUAGCAAGGACAAUGGCCCUCAGUUGACCACUUGUGUCCUUCUCCCGUUACUCACAUCCUUUUCUUGACUGCUUUGUCCAAUUGCUCUCCACGGAUUGUUUCCACUUUGUCUUCCCCUCUCAACACGCCCACUUAGACGCUCGCCGCUAGCAGUGCUGCCUGGCUUCUGGCGACCAAUCUGACCAACAAACCUCACCUACUUACACAUUCGGCCCGCAGCCAAGUCGCCCGAUUCGGGUCAUGAGGCGACUCUUCUCUCCCUCACCGCUUCCAACAUGACAGAGACAGCCUCCAGCCAUGUCGUGGCCUUUGGUGCCGCGGCACAUGGGCAUGCCUGUGGUCCUGCCUUGAUGUCCACCUCUCACGAAUCAGGGAGCCCAGGCUCCCCGUCGGCCAUGGCCCAGUCGCUGGAUGAAUCCUCACGCAAGCAGAGCAGCUGGCGUAGGCUGCGUCAGGCUAAGAGGCUCAGACUCUCAGACCUCGCCUUGAAGAUACAGCAUGCCUCAGCACCGCUCGUAGAGCUGCCUCCACCAUCUCAAGAGUUGUCCAGCUGCCGGAUGUUCGAGGUCUCUGCAUUCGACUCAGUGAGCCUGCCCAGCGACUCGGACGCCAGUGAGAGAACACCCAGUGCUCGUCGUCGAGCUCUCGAUGCAGGCUCAAGGGAGUCUGUCGACGAGUCGCCUUACUUCCACGUACGGUCAGCUUCCGAAGACUCGUGUCGGUCCGGCUUCAGCGGCUACCAGGACAUGGACAGACUCUUGAUCUCUGCAGCACACAAGCGAGAUCUCUCCUCGGACUUGGGUAUGGGCGAAAUCACACUACAUGGGCUUGCCCAGCCCCAUUCUUUGGUUUUGCGACCAAAGGUGUAUUUCGACCGGCAAAGCCAGGCUCAUGACAACGACACCGUGACCACAGCGUCUUCCCGCGACAGCUUCGCCUCUACGUCGAGGACUUCGUGGACCAUGUCCCCACCUCUCAGUCCAAUGUUCGGCAAUGCUGUUCUUGAACAGAUAACUGGCGCCAACAUGACCAAAUUCGACCCUGACUGCCCAAGCAGACCAGAAUCAAUGAUCAGUGACAAUACCGACUACUUUCAACGCCAUCAGCAGGACGACCACCCGGAGGCAAAAUUCUCGGAACGACACGUCGACGCAGAUCAGGAGAUCUUGGCAUCUGGGUCGGAUGAGGUGGAAUCUCAUGUAGAGGAAGUUGGUGAAAUAAUGGCAGAACCACAAGCAGAAGUCAAGACUGAAAGCCCUUCCGAUGAUGGCGUCGCCUCCUGGGAAGACAUUACUCAAGACGUAGAUUACUGCGAGGAGCAGAAGCUGGACAAGCUCUGGGACUUCGCCGUGGAGCAAUUCCCUGGGCUAGAGCUGGCCAAUUCGUUGCCCAUUCUCAGACGAAGGUCAUACGUACGGCAUUUUGUCAGCCAGAUCGCCGAUACCAUACCAGAUAUUGUCAUGCAGGAGUCCGAUUCGACGUCCACUGAGCCAUGCGAUGGCGGGGAGCAAAAGUCGAGCACACCGAACAACCAGGGGCGCAGGGAAAGCAACUCCAGUCAGCGCAAUGGCAAGAGGAAGAACCAAGACGACGAAGAUGAAGACGACUUGGACGACAAUCUUGGUGGUAACGACGGCGACGAUGAUGGCCCAGGCCCCCACAAACGUCGCACAAGAACCGCACGCACGGAGCCGGCCGAUACUUAUGACUUCAUGUGUCCAUUUCGAUUGAAAGACCCAAAGAAGUUCAAUGUACGGGAUCACAAAAUCUGUGCACUCAAGGUGUUUCGGUGCAAUAUGGCGCGGAAAGAGAUCGGGAUCAACGAGCUAAGACGUCAUAUCAAGGACGAACACCUGCUUGAAGGCCUGGAACGAGACCCAAGGAACCAGUGCGACAGGUGUAAGGUCUUCUUCAAGACGCAGUCAGAUAAGGAAGGCCACGUCAAGACCGGCAGAUGCGAAUAUAGAGAGCAUCCCACAAGCCGUGAUCCCUUGGAGGGUAUUGACAUCGCUACCAGAGACCGACUGGUCUCAAAGAAGGGUCGCCAAGGUCAACAUCCUCUCAAGCAGUAUCACGGCCUAUGCCAAAUCAUCUUUGGCGAUGACACGGAGGAGCUCCCUCAUGGGCAUAAACUAGUGCGCGAACACUUCGAGUUGCAUGCACUCUACGAUGAGCACCGCCCAAAACUUCUUUCAAAAUUCCAGACGUUGCUGCGUUUGGGACCCCAGGGGAUGGAGAGCUUGAGCCAGAUCCUCCAAGAUCACUCUGAAGGUCUCUUUGAGAGCUGUACCAAAGGCGUGCCGUACGAAGUCUCCGACAUAGCGCCCCUCGCAGGGAAGGGUACCCCUAGUGAUCGUGCUCCCUCGCCUGACCAGAAAGAUUCGCCCGAGGCACUGCUUGCCAGCCCAUACUCGCACCCUCCUCAAAUGGCAACAGAUUCAGGCAUCGGAAUGUCAGAGGAUGGUGACUCUUGUGAGAGCCUGAUAAAAUGCUCCGAGGAGAUGUUGGGUUUGGAUACGUCGUUGUCUGGCUUCUCCGGGACUGACAGUGUUGGGCCACAUUCAUAUCGGAGCUCAUCUCAGCCAUCCACCCAUGGAGGCACAAGCGUAUCUUACGAAACACUCCAGCUGGGCGCCGCCAACAUGGUUGACCCUGGGUUCCGGGAUACUUUGGAGCAUCGGUACCACGUCAACCCAAACUUCCUGCAGUUCACCGAUGGGCGGCCGUGGCUGAGAGUCAAGGACAAAGACAACGGAAAGACACUUCGUUACCCGAUCAGAGCACCGGUGCCUGUCCAGAUUUCCACCUCAUCCACCAUAGAGCCCCCUCCAGGGCCAGCUCUGACACAAGCCGACCUUGUGAGCAGCGCGUGGGCAACCGACUUCGCUCCGGACCUGCCGCAGCUCGCCAACAACAACAACAACAACUUUGACUCCUUUUACAGCACGGGCAACGGGUCGGCCGAGUUCGCGGAUCAAGCGUCCCAGCACGCAAUGUACCCGGCGUAUCCGCAGCCCGUGCACCACGGGAGCCACGCGCCGAUGGACUUCCUGGGCAGUAAGCUCUUCCCGAACGUCGGCGCGGUCGGGCUACAUGACGGCGCGGACCUCGAUGUUCACAACCAAGACGGAUACGUGGCACCUUCCGAUGUGUACACGUUGACCAACAACAACACAACGGUGCCGAUGUACCACGGCCAGCACACCUUCAUCUAGGAGCGCUCGAUGUACCCACAUGAAAAGUGCUAGCUUUGGAGAAGAAGUAGAAGAAGAAGCCCGCUUCUUAACUUUUCACACCACGAGGCCGCGUGAGCCCGUUCGUGUUUGACCCCUCAUAUAUACAUCAAAGGGCCAGAGGUCCAAUGCCUGUUUUUGGAAGCCUGUCUGAUUCCAACUGUAACCUCUUAACUUGUACAAAGUAUGAUGAGCAUGAUCGUGGCGACAGCCAGUAUAUUAAUGUAUAAUGAGACAUUUCUCUGGGAGGGGAACAAGUGGCCCUUCGAAGCAGGCUUCGUGGUCGGCACACGCGCGCCUUCCAACACUACUUUCACACAGAAAUUCAAUUGCUUGCCAAGAAUUCUGGUCGUUGCAACAUGGGAAG